AAAAUAUUAUCUAUAUGCAAUUAACGAUAUCCAAUCGAUAAUUUUUCAAUUUCACCAGACAGAAUCAUAAGUUUAUGGAAUAAGUUAAAACUCAAUGUGUAUUACUUUCUCUCUUUCUCUCUCAUUCUUUGUAGGGUGCAAUCAAGUGAUCGUAAGUGUAUCAAUGAUGCAUCUUAUUUCAAUUUCCACGAAAGAUUCGAUCGUUUUUUUUAAAUAAUUCAUUAAAAGAAACGAUCGAUCAUUAGAGUUUUCACGAUUCGUUGUGUAGAAACAAACGCGUUGUUAGUGAAGAAAAAGAAAAAAAAAGGUAUUAUAUCACGCCCUAUUACGUUUGGUUUUGAUCAAACCACCAUCUUUGAUAUGAUAGCUUGAAAGAAAGUAAUGAACAUUUUUAUUAUUCAUUAAUGUCUCUUGAGUAUAUGUAUAUGUAUAUAAAUAUAUAUGUGUAUACACUUGAAAAGCGGAUAUAUAUCGGUGAGAUCGCAUAUCAAGUUCAUCGAUAGUAAUGACUUCCUUCCUUUUCUUCCUUUUAUGGAGCAUCACUGGAUUACUGCUAUUCACUGAUGCUUCUUCAGACAUAUUGCCUUUGUCUAGACUUAGGAAUGCCACUAUGGCUGUCGUCAUUGACAAAGGAUUUUUCACGGGAAAAAACUUGGAUUAUUUAAAAGCACGUACGAUUAUCUUAGAUUCGAUUAACGAAAUUGCAAAUAAAGAAAUGCACGUUGGUUAUUUAAUUGUACAAGCAUUGCAUGACACGAACGUUGAUCUUCGAAAAGAUUACACGGUAUUAUUGUCGAUUGCAACAUGCGAUAAAACGUGGCAUUUACAUGAAUCAGCACGACAAUCUGGAGUUGUACAUCUCGCGAUAACAGAUCCUAAUUGUCCACGUGUUCGAAUAAACCAUGGUAUAAGUGUCCCAUUGAUUGUUCCUGGUGAAGAAUUGGCACAAAUUUUUUUAGAUCUUCGUAUUGCUCACGCAUUGUCUUGGAAAAAUGUUAUCAUUUUGCACGACGAUUCUUUUGAAAAGGAAAAAAUAGACGCAGUAAUUAGAGCCAUAACGGGUGAUCUACCGAAUACGAAGUUGAACACUAUUUCCAAGUCAAUAUUUUCCUUUAAACGUUUUACUUCUGAGUGGGUCAGGAGACAACAUAUAAGGGGUAUACUUGGUAACUUUCACAUACAACAAUUGGGCAAUUGUUUCCUUAUUAUCGUUAAUGUCGAUACGAUCACAGAUGUUAUGAAAGUUGCUAAAUCAUUAAAACUGGUUCAUUCCGGUAAUCAAUGGUUAUACGUACUCACAGACGCCGAAAAAAGGAAUAAAACGAAUAUAACAUAUCUCGCAGAUUUAUUACCAGAGGGUGGAAACGUUGCUCUUAUUUAUAAUAUUACUAAAUCUGAUGAUACCUGUAAUGUCGAUCUUCUCUGUCAUGUCAAUGACUUUGUACGAUAUUUUACGAAUGCUUUGAAAAAUUCAUUUCAAAUGAAGAAUAAUUUGUCCGAGAACAUUACUGAUGUGGAACAUGAAACUUUCAGACCAACCAAGUUUCAAAUAUAUCGACACAUUCUCAAAUACAUUGAUGCACAAUUUGUAGAAAAGUCACACGAAUCUGAUAGAAAAUGUGGAAAUUGUUUGGUUUGGAAAAUUUCAUCAGCUAUUACUUGGGGAACUUAUUUUGUUCAUUAUAGAAAGUCUGCUAUUUUAAUUGAAUCAGGUACUUGGAUGCCAAGACGUGGUGUUAAUUUAUCCGACGUAAUAUUCCCUCACAUUGAACAUGGAUUCAGGGGUAUAAGUUUACCUAUUGUAACUUUUCACAAUCCACCGUGGCAAGUAGUAAACGCGGUGAAGACAGAUGAGAUGAUUUACGGUGGAUUAGUUUUUGACGUGCUCCAAUAUUUGAGUAAAAAAUUAAAUUUUACAUACACUGUUACUGUUCCUAAAAUGUCAAAUAAUACGAAAGCUCGUGGUUCUACUAAAACGUUAAAAGUUGGCGAGAGACCACAUGGAACUUUGACAUCAGCAACGAGAAAAUUACCGGAAGAGGUGUUAGAAAUGGUUAGAACAAGAAAAGUAUUUCUUGCUGCAUGUGCUUAUACAGUCAAUGAUCUUGAGAAGAAUGCCAUUAAUUUCACAACACCUAUCUUCGUUCAAACUUAUAGCUUCUUAACGUCAAGACCGACACAAUUGUCGAGAGCUUUGCUAUUUACUUCACCAUUCACCAAAGAGACUUGGGCAUGUCUGGCCGCAGCUAUUAUUAUAAUGGGUCCAAUUUUGUACCUGGUUCACAAGUACAGUCCAACUAGUACGAAAACAUCCGGCUUGAAUUCAUCCUGGCAAUGUGUUUGGUAUGUCUAUGGUGCUCUUCUUCAGCAAGGUGGAAUGUAUUUGCCUAAAUCCGAUAGUGCUCGCAUAUUGGUUGGUGUUUGGUGGUUGAUUGUAACAGUUCUUGUGGCAACUUAUUCAGGAAGCUUAAUUGCAUUUCUGACCUUCCCGAAAAUGGACGACCCAAUUUUAACGGUAGACGAUCUUCUCGCACACAAGGACAGAUUAACAUGGGGUUUCCCUAAUGGUAGCUUUCUUGAGGAAUAUUUACAAAAUUCGGAAAACGAACAAUAUCGUUUGCUUCUUUCUCGUUCAGAAAGGCAUAACGAUUCGGAGGAAGCAAAUAUUAUUAGACGAGUUAAAGAUGGCAAACACGUAUUCAUCGAUUGGAGAAGUUCCUUGCGAUUUCUCAUGAGAAAAGAUUUGUUAUCCAGUGGUGUUUGUCAUUUUUCAUUGAGUACCGAAGAAUUCAUGGCUGAACCUAUUGCAAUGAUUGUUCCUAACAACAGUCCUUAUUUGUCGAUCAUAAACAGCGAAUUGCACCGUAUGUAUGAAUCCGGUUUGAUAAAUAAAUGGAUAUCGGAAAAAAUGCCAACAAAAGACAAAUGUUGGGUAGGUGCAAAUUCUAACGAAAUUGUGGACAAACGUAAGGUCAACGUUGCCGAUAUGCAAGGAAUAUUUUUUGUACUUUUCAUGGGAAUAGUUUUAGCGAUCAUUAUUCUCUGCUGGGAAUUUUAUUGGCAUAGAAGAAAAGUAUUGAAGGAACGUAAAUUGAUUCAACCGUUCGUAUCUUAAAAUUAGAUUUAUUUUUUGAAGAAAUAAGAAUACACGUGUCUACGUAAGAUAUCGUUAUACCUUAACGUUCUUAUUAUAAUAUUGAGAAGAAUAAAUUAACAUUUAUCCUUAUACAACAAUAUGUUUAGUAACAAUGUCUUACAAUUAAAAUAAAUAUCUGGUCUUUUAUUGUUUUAUGGUUAAAACGGAAAUCAGACUUCUUGAGUUUAGGUUUGCAAUUCUUAAGGUUGCUUAAGUCCAAGUUGAUUAUCCUAGGAUUUCGACGAUGGAUCGGCGGAAAUGGUCGGCAAACGGAAAAGGUCCUGCACGCGCGUAAUAUUAUUAUUAUACCGUGUGAUGGAGAAUUGCAAGUGCGAGUUAAUUAUCGCAAGAGAGGCACUUUUCACUGUCGAUCCUCUCAAUGUAUUUAGCAACGAUUUGUGAUGGUGAUGGUGGUAGUAAUGGUGGUGAUG